AUGCUCGUGAACGGAACGGAGCGUACGCAAAGAGAUAAUGCAUUCUUUACAAAAUCGGUGACGCAGCUCGACAACACUCACUCAUCCAGUUGCAUUAGGAAGAAGAAGAAACUCACAACAGGAUCUGUACUGCCGUACGAAAGCUUUCUAUAUGUCGAGGGAAAACUGACGAAGAACAAAGUGGUCCAAGGUGCUCAUGUGGCAUUGGGAAAUAAUUGCGUCGCGUUCAUAUUCGAUGAGAUUCGAUAUGAACUCAAUAAUGUGAAGAUUGAUCAUAAUGUGGGCACGCUUAAAAACUAUGUAACAGUGUCAUCCGACAGAAGCGUGAUUCUACGGAAUGCUGGCUGGGAUGCGCAGAUUACUACUGGAUACUUUAAUUUCUGUGUACCGCUCUACGUACUGCUGGGAUUUUGCGAAGAUUACAAACGCGUGGUGAUCAACGCUCGUCACGAGUUGAUUUUAAUACGAGCGUGUAACGACAACAAUUGUCUGAUGGGAGAUACGGCAAUAGAGCCAACGCUCGAAUUAUUCAAAAUACAGUGGCAAAUGCCGCAUGUGUUAUUGAGCGAGAUAAAUAAAUUGUCGAUGCUGCGCGCUUUGGAGAGCGGACGAUAUCUGAGCAUGGCUUUUCGCUCGAGGGAUCUGUACGAGUUUCCGCUCUUGCAGACCAAGCAUUUGUGGGCCAUCAUGACGGCUACUCAGCUCGAGAAGCCGCGCUACGUUAUUUUCGCGAUGAAAACAGGUCGAAAAAACAUCAUGUCCGAGAAUGUAAGUCGAUUUGACGACUGCAAAUUAACCAAUGCGAAACUUUACCUGAAUUCGGAAUGUUAUUAUUAUCUUUAUGAUGACUUGAAUCUGGAUUUUGCUAAAAACAGAUGUGCGAUUCUGUACGACUUGUACGCGAGUUUCUGCAAGGGCUACUACGGAUACGAGUAUCUCGAGCCGAAUCUCACCUUUACAACUUUUUUACAACGUAAUGGCCCAUGA